AUGCCAGCAAAAACUGCCACUACUGUGCGGAGGCUAUCCUCCGCCGACUCUAGGCGAUGCGAUCUGUACAGCGGUCCAAUUGUGAUUGCUCCUCCCGAAAAUAUGAAGGCACCGUGCGACGCAGACACCAUUGCCACGCGGCUGGAAAGAGCCAGGAAAAGCAUCGAUGAAACGGCCUCCGAGUCGAUCACCCCCGAUGUUGAAAAAUCAGACCGAAGCAAUACAGACAAAUUCGCGAUCGCCUUCGACAUCGAUGGUGUUCUCGUGAAAGGGGGAAGCCGCUUCCAGCAUCGAUCGGCGCGAUGA